GUUGCACAAAAGUAGAAUUAAGACAUCCGGGAUAAAUGACUGAGCUGAGCUCAAUGAAGCCAAAACAUGUGCGUCCAGGCUUAAUUGGUUGCACAAAGACCAAGCCAGGAUGAGCAGACACGGAUUCAUUAAACCGGGUGAAACCAAUCCUGGAUAGGUGCGCGCUCACGGCUCACUCAAAUAGACCCCGCCACAGAUCACAGAUUAACUGAUUUACCAUGGCAACUAGAGCCGCGUACUUUUCCCCGUCGGAAGCACAAAUCCUCAUGGAGGCAUACGAGGAGGUAAAAGAUAUAAUUAAGAAGAAAGGCAACACCGCCACAGUGAUAAAGCAAAGAGAAAAAGCGUGGCAAAAUAUUGCAGACCGCCUGAAUGCGUAAGUAGUGCACAAUUACACACUCACCGCUCCGCUGAAACAUCACAAUUACAAUUCAAAUAUUUAAUUCACAUCUCCAAAAACGCAGUUGUACUGUAAUUAUGAAACGGUUAAAUUUUUUAAUUGAAAUGCACUGCAGAUAUGAGUGAAAUUGUGUAAAGUAAGUCCAUCACACUGUAUAAAGCUAUGAUAAAUUAUUAUUAAAGCCUUACAUUAUUAUUUAACGUUACUACGCUCAGUACGGUUUAAUCUUAGCCGUUGUACUCUGCUUCUUAUGUUGUCCACCGUUUUUUGUGUUUCUCCUGCUUUCAUUAAUGUAAAGCUGCUUUGACAGAAUGAAACAAUUGUGAAAAGUGCUAUAUAAAUAAAAUUUAAUUGAAUAAAUAGAUGAGCUAUAAUAAUCACUUUAAUUUAUAUAGCGCCUUUCAAAGGACCCAAGGUCGGUUGCUCACUGCACUGCAAAAAUGUCUUUCUUACUUAGUAUUUUUGUCUUGUUUUCAGUAAAAAAAAAAAUAUCUAAACAUCUUGAAUAUUUUCUUGAGCAAAAUUACCUAGGAAAAUAAGCAAAAAAAUCUGCCAGUGAUGUGCAUUGAUUGGUGUAAUAUUCCUCAUCUUAUGAUUUCAGAUGGUCUGCAAUGCUGACUGUGUGAUCAGCAAUGUUGUGGCAAAAUGGCCUGGCUCAGUCCAUGACUCCAGAAUCUUUCGGGCCUCUGAAAUCUAUCAGUGCCUAUCACAAGGUGAAUUCUCUGGUGUGUUGCUGGGAGACAGGGGGUAUGGCUGCCAGCCUUUUCUCCUGACACCUUUCACAGACCCCCAGGAAGCACAGCAGGCCUACAACCAUGCCCAUGCCAGGACCAGGGCCAGAGUUGAAAUGACCUUUGGCCUCCUGAAGGCACGCUUUCACUGCCUUCACAAAUUAAGGGUCAGCCCUGUUAGGGCAUGUGAUAUUACUGUGGCUUGUGCUGUCCUCCACAAUGUGGCCUGCCUGAGGAAGGAGAGGGCCCCCAGAGUGCCACCAGCCAUGGACUGGGACAAUCCGGCAAUCUUCCCUGAUGACGACAGUGGUCGGCUGCUGAGGGACCAAUAUGUGUUGAAUUAUUUUAGUUAGUAUGUGUGCUUUCAAUUUUGGUUAAAUAUGUCCUGCGGUGGCAGAGGAAUUUUAGUUUUUUUGGGUUCGUUUUUUUACGAAUUUGGCCUCUUAUGAUGUUUGUGCGGUAUACUGUGUGUAAUACAAGGCUGCAGGGAGGCUACUGCAUCCAUUCAUUUGUCUGUUCAGUUGAUGUGUAUGGAUUUGUCCUGCAUUUAUUUUAGUGUGCAGACAUGCAGGGUGUGUUAUAUACAGACCUUUGAAUGUGUAUGUAUCAUUUUGUAUAAUAUGCUUGGAUUCUGUGCU